AUGCUGUUACCUUCCACGAUCCGUGCCUUGGUCUUGACUUUGUUUCUGCCAUAUGCCUUGGCUCAAAUCUCCAACCUCAUCGUAAGUAACACCUGAUGCUCAUCGACCGUCGCGGAGAGAUAUAUGCGGCCACGGCGACCGGCGUCCGACGAGGGCCGUUGUGUGCUUGCCUGGACGCCGGGCGCGGCUGGGGGCCACGGCGAACAAGAGCCGUCGUCGAGGUCACGAGCGCGGGCCAGUUGCUAGCUAGCGCGCCAUGAUUGCAGUGAUGCGCGUUGGUUGUAGGCCUUAGCCGACCCUCAGUGCUCAGCUGCAGAAUGCAAUCUUCCGAUUUACAAGUUGACGAACAGAUCGACCCCCGAUUCCGCGCUCGCAGUACACUUACGAGGGUCAAUCCGCGCCGGCGAGCGUGCUCCAGGCGAUCUCCUCGGCCGCCGCUCCCGCCCAGUCGAUCCUCAACAGCCAAGGUGUCGACACGGCGACAGGACUCGUAGCUGCCUUCCCGACAACGGCGACAGUACUUGAUACCGUAACCGCUCCCGCCGAGACAGGAGCCCCGGUAUUUUCGAGUGGCUCUCCGUGAGUACAUAAAUCACUGGCCAGUGGGUCGCGGCUCGGCAAAGUGCUCACCUCGAAGACCCUUUCUUCCGCGAUGCGCAGCGGCUUGAACACAGCAACCGUCCCACGAUCACCCUACGUCGCAUCUGGCACAAUCAAUCUCUCCUUGGCCACUUCAUCGUCUGCGAGUGCGACGUCAAAAUCUCCGGCUGGACGAGUCUCGCCGCCGAGUGGACUCACGUUUGGCUUCUCGACAAGCGUCCUGACCACCGUCGUGGGAAUGUUCCUCGGCCUCGCCGUCACUCUGUGA